GUUCACUGCUUCAAUUCAACCCCUCUCACUCUCAAAGGGACACGCGAAAUGUGAGGAGCCAAAAAAAAAAAAAAAACAGGUAGAAGAUUACAACUUGAUACGAAUAAACAAUUCAGGAGAUCGUGAGAGGUGAGAGAGAGGAGGGGGAGAGACACAGCUGAAAAAGAGGCAGGCAGGGAAUAGGGGGUCGUGUCGGCUUCAACCAAACACGACCUUAUCAACCAUCCCCUCCAUCGAGUUUCGAUCUACUUCAUUUGCUUUACUUUUUUGUGCCACCUUCUUCUCCCCGAAACCCUAGCGACUUGCUUUGCUACUCCGACUUGGGGGUCCGGAGAAGGUAACUCAGCUUUGAGAACCAUUUUAAACCCCGAGUUCUCUUAAAUUCUGAGUUCUUGUGAAGAUUUUUCUCAUGGCAUUUAUGGCUUCAAAUCAGACUUCUGGCGGAAACCAUGCAGGGGCAAUCAAUGAUGAUUUAUACAAGGAGUUAUGGCGUGCCUGUGCUGGCCCCCUUGUCACUCUGCCUCGUGAAGGGGAGCGAGUUUACUAUUUUCCCCAAGGUCACAUGGAACAGCUUGAGGCCUCGAUGCAUCAGGGGUCUGACCAGCAAAUGCCUUCUUUCAAUCUGCCUUCUAAAAUUCUGUGUAAGGUCGUAAAUGUUCAUCUACGGGCUGAGCCUGAAACAGAUGAAGUCUAUGCACAAAUAACUUUGCUUCCUGAAGCUGAUCAAAGUGAAGUGACAAGCCCUGAUGAUCCUCUUCCAGAGCUUCCUAGGUGCACAGUUCAUUCCUUCUGCAAAACGCUUACUGCAUCUGACACUAGCACUCAUGGAGGUUUUUCUGUUCUUCGAAGACAUGCGGAUGAUUGUCUGCCACCACUGGAUAUGUCCCAGCAGCCACCAUGGCAAGAAUUAGUUGCAACUGAUUUACAUGGGAAUGAAUGGCAUUUUCGACAUAUAUUUCGAGGGCAACCUAGGCGGCAUUUGCUUACUACUGGAUGGAGUGUGUUUGUAAGCUCCAAAAAAUUGGUCUCUGGGGAUGCUUUUAUAUUCCUAAGGGGUGAGAAUGGAGAGCUGCGAGUUGGAGUUAGGCGGCUCAUGAGACAGCAAAACAAUAUGCCAUCUUCUGUCAUAUCCAGUCACAGUAUGCAUAUUGGCGUUCUUGCAACUGCAUCUCAUGCCAUUGCCACUGGAACACUGUUUUCUGUGUUUUACAAGCCCAGAACAAGCCGAUCAGAAUUUAUUGUGAGCGUCAACAAGUAUCUUGAAGCUCGAAGUCAUAAGCUUUCUGUUGGGAUGAGAUUCAAGAUGAGAUUUGAGGGUGAUGAUGUUCCUGAAAGAAGGUUUAGUGGCACAAUUGUGGGUGUUGGAGACAAUAACUUGACUGUUUGGCCUGAUUCUGAGUGGCGAUCAUUGAAGGUGCAAUGGGAUGAACCAUCAUCAAUUAUACGCCCUGAUAGAGUCUCACCUUGGGAAUUAGAGCCACUUUUGGCCACCGCUCCUGCGAAUGUUCAACCAAUGCAAAGAAAUAAGAGGCCCCGGCUUCCUGUUAUUCCUCCAACAGUACCCGAUUCUUCUUUGCAUGGGGCAUGGAAACCAUCAAAUGAAUCCCCUUCCUUCUUUCGUGACUCACAACAUGGACAGGAUCUCUAUCAAUCAUCUAAGUUCAAUUCUUCUGCAACUAACUUUCUUGGUUUUGAUGGGAACAAAUCUAGGGGGACUGUUUCCGCCAAUUCCAUAUAUUGGUCUGACAGGAUCGAGAACUCUACAGAGCAUUUUUCACCUUUAGCUUUUAAAGAAUCUGGUGAAAAGAAACAAGGGACUGGAAAUGGCUGUAGGCUCUUUGGGAUUCAGCUACUUGAGAAUUCCAAUGUUGAAGAAAGUAUGCCGAGAGUCACUAUGUCAGAGAGGGUGGGGGAUGAUAAGUCAGUUCCAUGUGUGGAUGCUGAGCCUGACCAGCUUUCUGAGCCAUCAAAUGUCAAUGGAUCUUAUAUCCCAUCAGUGAGUUGUGAUGCUGACAAAUCAAGUCUUCAGGCUCCUCAAGAAUCACAAAGCAGGCAAAUAAGGAGCUGCACUAAGGUUCACAUGCAAGGAAUGGCUGUUGGUAGGGCUGUGGAUUUGUCACGGUUUGAUGGAUAUGAGGAUCUGCUUAAAAAAUUGGAGGAAAUGUUUGACAUCAAGGGCGAGUUGGAUAAAUCCGUGAAGAAAUGGCAGGUUGUCUAUACUGAUAAUGAAGAUGAUAUGAUGAUGGUUGGAGAUGAUCCAUGGCAUGAGUUCUGCACUGUGGUGAGGAAAAUAUUCAUCUACACACCAGAGGAGGUGAAGAAGCUCUCACCGAAAGUAGGGCUUCCAAUCAAUGAAGAAGUUAAGCCAAGCAAGGUGGAUUCUGAAGCUGCAGUCAAUAGUGAGGACCAGUCAUCCACGGUGGGGCAUAGCUGCUGAUACUUUUGGGCCUUCUGGCAUGCCCUAGCUGGUUUAUACAAUAAAGUAGAAAUUAGAAUGUUGAAAGAUUCGAGAAAGGAUUCUCCUAGCGGUUGACCGUCGGCUCCGUGUCUAUUGUUCAUCUAUGGUGGCAUUGCAUAACCUUGUGACUAGCAGCAUGGAAACACUGACCUGGAGGGCUGGCUUUUUAGUGUAAUGCUGUUUGAUCUGGUUCUUGAAGAUAGGAUUUCCUUUAUUGUGGGGUCGUCGUCGUCUUUUUUUUUUUUUUCCCCUGCUUGUGGACAUGGCUUGUUCAGUUUUGAAUCAGCCACAAGCAUGGGGAAAUGUGUUGUCUUUGCUCAUUUAUCUUGCUGGGUAUGGUCUUUUUUUUGCCCCCCCUUUUUUUUUUCUCCCCUUCGUUGCAAUUCCCUUGAUGUAAUGUUGCUUUUUCAUUGUGUAUAUAGUUUUUUUUUUUUUUUAUAAAUGAAUACUGCUUUUAAUAUAUGUAUAUGAAGCCAUUUUUCCAUGAAUAGCAGAUGUGCACAAUCUUGUCUGCGGAUUGACAUUAUAAAUAUCAUGUCAUAGCUGGCCUUCUGUUGGGCUCAUGUGCUUAUGAUUUCUCGA